AUCCGCCAGCCCCCCGAGCAUGAAGACGCUGGUCCGGCUCUUCCUCACGCUGGUGUGCGCGGCGGUGGCGGCGGUGCUGUACAUCCUGCUCGGCUCCCACAGCCCCGUGCAGCGCUCCGGGACAGCCCCGGCGCUCCGGGACAGCCCCGCCACGGCCAGGGCUGACAGCGUCCGCAGCUUCCCGGGCUACAGCCGCGUUCCCGACGGGAAGCCGCUGGAGCGAGCGCGGUGCCGCCAGUGCGCCAUCGUCUCCAGCUCGGGGCAGAUGCUGGGCUCGCAGCUGGGCCAGGCCAUCGACGGGCAGGAGUGCGUCCUGCGCAUGAACCACGCCCCCACCGCCGGCUACGAGCAGGACGUGGGGGCCCGCAGCACCAUCCGGGUGGUCUCACACACCAGCGUCCCGCUGCUGCUGCGCAACCAGCCCUACUUCUUCCAGCAGUCUCAAGAGACCCUUUACUUCAUCUGGGGGCCAGCAAAAAAGAUGAACAGGGAGAAGAUGGGCUCAACCUACCAGGCUCUGGUCAAGGUGAUGGAGAGGUACCCCCAGCUGCAGAUCUACACCCUGACUGAGGAGAAGAUGACAUACUGUGACGAUGUCUUCCAGAAUGAGACAGGGAAGAACAGGAUGAAAUCCGGCUCCUUCCUGAGCACGGGCUGGUUCACCAUGAUCCUGGCCAUGGAGCUGUGCGAGCAGAUCUGUGUCUUUGGCAUGGUCAGCGACAGCUACUGCAGGGAAAAGAACCACUCCAGCGUGCCGUACCACUACUUUGAGAAGGGCAGGCUGGACGAGUGCAGGAUGUACCUGACGCACGAGCAGGCUCGGCGCGCCGGGCACCGCUUCAUCACCGAGAAAGCCAUCUUCUCCCGCUGGGCCAAGAGGAGGAACAUUGUCUUCAACCACUCAUCCUGGGCAGGCAGGAGGAAUAUUUAAUGCAGGAUUAGACGUGCUGCUGGACUCCAGCAGGACAUGGGGCAGAAAUGCUCAGCCCUGCCAGGGCCACAGACCUGUGCCUCUCAUAGGGACGAAGCUCUACUGUGUUCCUUGCCCCACCUGUACCCUCUGGACAGUGCUGGGUGUGGGGUGUAGGCACCUGGAUCCAGGCUCUGCCUUCUGCUGCUUGGUGCCUGCAGCCCCUCAGCUGGAAACCCCGGAGCCACCCGUGCCCUAGGGGCUAUGAAUUGCCUUGUCACAAGUGUCCUUGGAUUCAGACCAAAGCAAACGCGGCCAUUAAAAUUGUUUUUAAUUCA